GAUUAUGAAACUAAUCCGGAAGAGGAUUAAAACAGAAAAUCCAAUAAAAUGAGACACCGUCCAUCAACACUUUGACUCAAACCUAUCCCUACUAAUCCAUACGCCUCUAAACCCUCUACAAUUAAUUUCUUCCCCAAUUUUCACCCCUAUAAUCAAAAUUGUCUCUCUUUGUAUGAUGUGAAUCAAGUCUACUGCAUCCAUUUUUCACCUUCUUCCCAAAAGCUUCAAAUACUCCACCCAAGAAAAACAAUCAAAAAUCUCAAAUUCCAACUUGAAAUCUCUCUCUCUCUCUCUCUCUCUCGAGUUUCUUUCAUGUGAAGCCACUUUUUCUUUUUCCUCAACCACAACCACCGUGCCUGUAUUUACACUUAUCUGCAACUUUUGAUGCUGUCCCCAUUUAAGAUUCACGGAAAAGCAAUUCCGCCACUCCUUUAUAAGUUUUAACCCACCAUCUUCUGCAUUGUGCUGCGGCGGCGCAUAUUAGCAGCAUUAUCAAAACCCCCAACCAUAAAAAUGAAGCGUUUGUUCACCAAGGCCUGCGCAUACGGCGUCGUAUUAAUGGUAUCUCAUUUGAUCACGGCCUAUGCGAUGCUCGAUCCGAUCGAUUUCCUCACAUUGCAAUCGAUUCGAAAGAGCAUGGAUGAUUUGCCCGGCUCCAACUACUUCGCCUCUUGGGAUUUCACGUCCGACCCCUGCAAUUUCGCCGGCGUCUAUUGCGACGCAGAUAGAGUGAUCGCCCUCAAUCUCGGCGAUCCCCGGGCCGGUUCUCCCGGCCUCACGGGUCGGAUCGAUCCGGCCAUCGGCAAGCUCUCCUCCUUAGCUGAGUUCACCAUCGUUCCGGGUCGGAUUUUCGGGGCAUUGCCUCACACUCUGUCUCAGCUAAAAAACCUGCGGUUUCUAGCAAUCAGUCGGAAUUUCAUCUCCGGUGAGAUUCCUGCAGGCUUAGGUGAGCUCCGGACGAUACAGACGCUCGAUCUCAGCUUCAAUCAGCUCAGUGGAAGUAUCCCCUUCGUCGUUGGAACUUUGACGUCGCUAUCCAACGUUAUCCUCUGCCACAACCGCCUCUCCGGUUCGGUUCCUCCGUUUGCAUCUCGAGCCCUAACUCGACUCGAUUUAAAACACAACGAUCUAUCCGGCUCUCUCUCGCCGGAUGGUCUGCCGCCAUCUCUCCAAUACCUCUCAUUAUCGUGGAACCGGAUCACCGGCCCGGUCGAUGGUAUUCUAUCUCGAUUGAACCGUUUGAACUACGUGGACCUGAGCUCGAAUCGGUUCACCGGCAGCAUUCCGGGAAUCAUAUUCAGUUUCCCGAUCAGGAAUCUCCAGCUUCAGAGAAACGAAUUAUCCGGUCCAGUCGAACCAUUAAAUGAAGUGACAAUCCCUACAGUCGAUCUCAGCUUCAACCGUCUCUCGGGCGGAAUUUCACCGCUGUUCGCUACGGUUUCAAAUCUGUAUCUGAAUAACAACCGGUUCACGGGGGAGGUGCCGCGCAGCUUCGUGGAGCGGUUAUUAUCUGCUAGCAUAGAAAUUCUUUACUUGCAGCAUAAUUAUCUGACCGGGAUCGAGAUUGAUCCGACGGUGGAGAUACCGGUGAGCACCUCUCUAUGCCUACAGUACAACUGCAUGGUGCUGCCCGUGGAGACGCCCUGCCCGUUCAAGGCAGGGAGGCAGAAAACAAGGCCAACCACGCAGUGCAUUGAAUGGAAGGGGUAAGAUGGGGAUUUCGUCUUUUUGCGUAACUGGACGCCUUUUCGGAAAAUAAAUAGGAGUAUUUUUUUUGGGAUAAAAAGAAAUUAGUUAUUUUGGAUAUGGUAUUAGUCACAUUUAAACUGUGGAUAAUGACGGUCACGCUCUUGUUGGCGCUGACUUUUUUUUAAAUUAUAUUUUGCAUUAUUUCGGUU